CAAAGCCCGGGCUGUAGCUAGGCUGGAAAAUGUCUGCUCCACGCUUUCGAAGAGUGAACUUUGGCUCCUAUAAUAAUUAUAUUCCAGUUGAUGACAUGAACAAAAAAUCCUGGAAUCAACAGCACUUUUCUCUGAUGUUUUCCAAACCCAACCGACCAGGGAAGAAGUGGAGAUCAUCCCCUUCUGAAUUAAGACAAUAUUCUCCUGUAAAUGCAGUAAAAGAUGAUCACAAAGGAACUCCCAUGUGGAUGUCACGUUCUUUACUAAAAAUUUCUGAGAAACCUUCUGCUUAUUUAGCUGCCAGAAGAAGGCCCCCACAAAGAGCAUCAAAAUCCAAAGACUCGUUCCCAGGAGAGAAAAAACAAAUGUACAAGAAAGAAAAAAUUCAAGCAGAGAAAACAUCAGAGAAGAAGGUAGCAGGCUCACCAAAAGAGUCAAAAACUAAACUACUAGAGACAACCGAUGACAGCAAGUCCAAAGGAUCAGGACAGUCAAAGCUAAAGAGUGGUAUGGAUUCACCUAAAGACAAGGAGCCAGACACUGAAGGCAAGGAUGUGAAUGUGAACAAGAAAGACGAAAAUAAGAAGAAAACAUCCAAAGAGUCUGAUGUUGAAUCUGGUGAUUCAAAUAAUGAUAAGAAGAAAGGCAAGGAUUCAAGAAAUGAGUCCAGGAAUUUAGACAAGGCUUCAAAGAGAAAAUCCAAGGAUGCAGAGUUGCAUGCAGUGAAGAAAGACAAGGAUGUAAAGAAAAACUCCACAGAUUUAAGCUUUAAAUCAUCAAGUUCAAAGCAGACAGACAAAGAUUUAAGGAAAAGAUCCAAGGACGUCAAUAUGGAACACAAGAAUGAAAAGAAAGACAAGGCUUCAAGUAGGAGAUCCAAGGAUUCAGUCACUGAAUCCAAGGAUGCAAGGAAGAAAGAUAAGAAUUCAAGGAAGAAAUCUAAGAACUCAAACAAUAACUCCCAGAAUUUAAAGAUGGAAGACAAGAAACAUGAGGAGGGGUAUAUGGAAUCUGAGAUUCCAAAUGAUUCAAAGAAGAAAUCCAAAGGGUCAAAUAUAUCCAAGGAUUCAAAGAAACCCAAGAAUGGGAAGAUAACAUUCAAAGGAUCAGACACUGAAUCUACAAGGAGAGAAUCAGAAAUGUCACAUGGCAGAGUCUCCUUAAAGUCCUAUGUGGCUCAACAGAUGCUGCCUUGA